ACAACAGAGCUACAGAAACAUUAUCGGUAUACGUGAAGAAGGAGCCUAAAAGGGGAAGAAGGCCCGAACACACGAAAACCGCGAGCACUGGAAAAAGAGCCAGACGUGAAAAAGACGACCACGAGCUAACCAGGCUGGCAGCCCAUGGUCGGGCCCCCAAAAGGUGCUGGGAGCCUGGAUCAGAAACCAGCCAAAGUGGAAGAUGCAAGUUACCCCAAACUGCCAACCGACACCACCCCAUAGACGACAGCAGCGAAGACAACCGGAAGGCGAAACGGAGAAGUAAGAGCGAACUCGGGGGCCCCCACCAGCAACAGCAUUACCUGUGGAGUGCAAACUGA